GCCAACCCAAGCAAACCUCUCUGUUUGGGAUGGAGGGUAUAUCAACCCCGAAACACAGUACCUUAGCUCUGAAAGUGCAGGUGACAAAGAAGAAACAGAAUGAGAACCUUACCCGUCCACUCUGGUCCAACAAGGUUGAGUACAUCCUGAUUCAGGUGGCCUGCUCCAUGAGGCUAAGCACCCUCUGGAGCUUCCCCCACCUGUGGCUUCUCAAUGGAGGCAUUUUUCUCAUCAUCUACAUCCUCAUGCUGCUCUUGAUUGGCGUUCCUCUCCUCUUCAUGGAGAUGGCAUCUGGUCAGAGGCUGCAUCAGAGCAGCCUUGGCGUAUGGAAGCUCACCAGCCCCUGGAUGACUGGUUUGGGUUAUACUAGCUUCAUGGUGUGCUUCAUCGAGGGCUUGCUCCUCAAUGUGAUCAAUUGCUGGAGCAUCUUCUAUUUGAGCCAGUCCUUCCAGUUUCCUCUUCCAUGGGAUAAAUGUCCCUUAGUGAAGAACGCCAGUGAAUUUGAUGCUGAGUGUGCACGGACGACACCCUCCAUGUACUUCUGGUACCGGCAGACAUUGAAGGCUUCAGAUACGAUUGAGGAUUAUGGGCCAGUAAUCCCCAGUAUAAGCUUGUCCUCCUUUCUGACCUGGUGUCUUACGGGUGUUAUCAUGAUCAAUGGGCUCAAGUCCAUUGGGAAGGCAGUGUAUGUCUUCAUACUGCUUCCUUGUUUCAUCUCCUUGUGUUUCCUCAUCCGAUGUUUACUGCUGGAAGGUACAUCAUUUGGCCUUCAACAUUUGUUUGUUUCCAAGAUAUCGAAUGUGUUCUCCGUGAAGAUUUGGAACCUAGCAGGAAACCAAGUUUUGUCUGCCCUGGGCCUAGGCUUUGGCAUCAUUGCCGCCUUCUCAUCAUAUAUUUCCCCGUCCAACAACUGUCUCAUUGAUGCCUUUGUCGUGGCUCUGGUCAACCUGGGCACCUCACUGCUUUUCACACCUAUCAUCACCUCUGUCUUGGGCUUCUGGGCCACAGUCACCACAAGUCGCUGCAGUGAGAAGAAUGUUGAAAUACUUACGAAUCUGGUGUUCUUGGGAGAACUGCCUCCUGAGGCCAAGCCCCCUGAAAACGUGCUUGCUAAUGCAACCUCCAUGUUCACCACUUGGCUCAACAGCCUUCCCCAUUCUGUCAAGAAGAUGGUCCUCAGCAAGGUGUCUGAUUGCAACAUACAGGAUCAGCUUUUGCAGGUUAAGGAAGGCUCAAGCUUUGUAUUCCUGGCCUUCAUUGAAGCCAUGUCGUUCAUUCCUGGGUCGGCCUUCUGGUCCAUCCUCUUCUUCCUGACGUUCCUGACCCUAGGACUGUCUGCCGUGAUAGGGGUCAUGCAGGGAAUCAUUACCCCACUUCAGGACAGCUUCUCUUUCUUCAGGAAACAUCCAAAGCUUCUCAUAGUGAAUGUCUCUGUGCUCAUGUUCCUGUGCAGCCUCUUCUUCGCUCGGCCUUCAGGCUACUACUUCUUCAGACUGCUGAGUGACUACUGGAUAAUCCCUCCCAUCGUCCUCCUCACCACUUUUGAAAACGUGACUAUAGCCUGGGUCUAUGGGGCCAAGAGGUUUGUUGCAGAGAUGAUGAUCCUCAUGGGCCGCCCUAUCUCUCCCAUCUGUUGUUUCCUGUUGUGCUGUCUGUGUCCCUUUGUGCUGCUAGCCCUGUCUGUAAUCACCUUGAUUUACAUAUAUGUGCAGGACUUCAUCUACUUGGCCUGGGACUCAAGCACUUCAAAAGUAGUGCCUCGAGAAUUCCCAUCAUGGGCACGCAGCUUGAUAAUCAUCUUAGAUGUCAUUGUCUUCCUACCCAUCCUUAUAUACUUUCUACACUGCCUCAUCCGUAAGAUCCCCAUCAGCAACAUCACCUUCAAUAUGCCUGUUAUAGCCUCCAAAUCUCUAACCCUAAGGAGCCAUCUAAGGUCCAAUAAAGAUCUCCCUAAUGAGGAAAUCCUGCAAGAUGACAAAAAAAUUGCCGAUCAACCUGUUGUGUGA